UUGGCAAAACAUUGAAAUCAACUGACAGCUCAAAAAUGUCCGGAUAUGGAAAGUUGCAGGCGGACAUUGAAAUCAAGUCUCCCCCUUCAAAGUUUUAUGAAAUGUGCUGUAAGAGACCAUACCAUGUCUCUAACGCUUCGGGGGACAGAAUACAAAGCUGUGAACUACAUAAGGGUGAAUGGGGCAAAGCUGGUUCUGUCAUCUGCUGGAACUACUUUCAUGAUGGAAAGGCUAGAGUAUCUGAGCACUUAAUUGAAGCUGUGAAUGAUGAUGAGAAUCUGAUUGUUUUUAGAGUAAUUGAUGGAGACCUUUUGGAGAAUCAUAAAGAAUUCAAGUUUACAAUGCAAGCUACUCCCAAGGGUAAGGGAAGUAUGGUUCAUUGGACUUUGGAAUAUGAGAAACAUCAUGAAAACAUUCAAGAGGCAUAUAGUCUGCUGGAGUUUGUGGUGGGCAUGUCCAGAGACAUCGAUGCCCAUCUCAUGGAAGGAAAGUAGGGAUUGUGAGCGCCCCAAAAACACAUUGAUGCCCAUCCAAUAUUACUACAUGCUAUGUACCAACAAUAUGGUUAAAUAAAUGCUUGAUGUACCAACUAUAUGGUUAAAUAAAUGCUUCUAUCCCAUCCCAUGCUAUGUUUAAAU